UAUUUGCGCAUGUGCAUAGAUAAUAUAUUAUAAUGUAUGUAUCAAGUUACGAAAUUUUGACUUCGAUAUAUAUAAUUGUUAAAAAUAUAUUAAGAGAUCAUUAAUUAAAAAUAUGAGACCAAUAAUACGAAUUAUUAUAAAAUUAAGUACUGCAACAACUAUAGGUUUUAGUGGUUGGUAUCUGGGAAAGUAUUCGGAACAAAAACGACAUUUGAAUACAGAAAUAAGAGACAGUGGAAAUAUUUUUUCGAAUGUAAACAUCAAAGAAAUGCCUGGUUUGCCUUUAUUUGGAACUGUUUCGGCAGCAGUUCCUAUAGAAUUUAAUACAGAAAUGGGUUCAAAAUUAUCAUCAACAGCUACUAGAAUAUCUGAAAUUAUGAAAUACGGUUUUCCUGGAUUAGAUCAUGUUAGGUCUUAUGAAGAUUUUGUCCUUUCUUAUGACAGAAGAAAUAGAGUAGCACAUUGGGUUUUUGAACAUUUAAAUAAAGAAAAAUUACAAGCUAAUCAGGAAAUAUCACGUAGUAAGUGUGAAUUCAAAUCAGAUCCAAGUAUACAUCCUUUUUUUAGAGCAGAAAACAAUGAUUACAAAGGCAGUGGAUAUGAUCGUGGACAUUUAGCAGCAGCUGGAAAUCAUAAAUGUGCUCAAAAACACAUAAAUGAAACAUUUUUUCUCUCAAAUAUUUCACCACAAGUAGGUGUAGGUUUUAAUAGGGAUUCUUGGAAUAGAUUAGAAAAGUAUGUUAGACAUUUAACUAAAAUUUAUAAGGAUGUAUAUGUAUGCACAGGUCCUUUGUAUUUGCCAAAAAUAGAGGCUAAUGGAAAAAAAUAUGUUCGAUAUGAAGUUAUUGGUACAAAUCAUGUAGCAGUACCUACUCAUUUCUAUAAAAUAGUUGUUGGUGAAACACACGAUUCAAAAUUAGAAAUGGAAGCAUUUGUAAUGCCAAAUACUCCUAUAGAUGAUAAUACACCUUUAACAAAUUUUCAAGUGCCACCAGAAAGUAUAGAACGUGCUGCUGGGCUUUUAUUUUUUGAUAAAAUCUCACGUGAUAAAUUAAAUAAAAUAAAUGGAAAAAAAGUUUGAAAAUUAGAAUAUAAAACUAUUAAACAAAAUUAAAGUAAAUAAGAUAUUUAACUUUAAUAGACUUUUGUUCAAAUAAUUUAUAAAUGUAAAUUGACAAAUUUUACAUUUUAUAAUAUUAAUGAACAUUUAUAUAAAAGACAUUUUUAUAUAAUAUUUUAUAUAUAAUUAUAUAAGAUAUUUUAAUAGAUUUAAAAUCUUGAAAAAACAAUGUUAAAUAAAUUUUAUCAUAAUCUUUUUUUUAGAUCGAA